GACGGCGGUGCUGUUCUGACGGCGGUGCUGACGGAGAUGACGGCUGACUAAUGGACCAGCACAACGGCUCUCUCACUCGUCAACUUCCGGCAUCAGCAGUAAUGGAUAAUCACGAUUACGAUGUGGCGGUAACAUCACAACCAUCGAACGAGUCAGAGUUACAACUGUACCGGGUGUUACAGAGAGCCAACCUGCUUAAUUACUACGACACCUUCAUCAGUCAAGGAGGUGAUGAUGUACAACAACUGUGUGAGGCCGGCGAAGAGGAGUUUCUGGAGAUCAUGGCCCUGGUUGGCAUGGCCUCCAAGCCCUUACACGUCAGGAGAUUACAGAAGGCACUACAAGAGUGGGUCUCCAACCCUGGUGAGUACCCAUUUUCUCCUGCCUUCCGUAGCUUCGUGUCCUCCCUGACGGGUCACUACAGUCGUAGUAGUGGCUGGUGCGCUGCUCUCCACCGCCUAGUAAGGGAUCAGGCUAGUUUCGCACAUCAUAUCCCGGCUAGGAAGCAUCGUGCUUCGUCAUCCCAGGACGCAGCUGCUAGGAUCUAUGCUGGCUUUGGGGACCAGAGCCUAGCAGGGAGCUAUGGUAUCUCAGGACCCCUGAACGAUGCUAGCUCAGGACCCUGA